AUGGCACCGGACUCGGGCCUCGCACCCGAAGCGCCCCUCUUAACGCUGUUACCGGUAGAUGCGAGGGACCGGGGCACCCAGCGCUGCCGCCUGGGCCCGGCCGCCCUCCGCACCUUGGGCGCGCACCUGGGCUCAGCGGUGAGGAUCUCGCUGCCGGAUGGCGGCUCCUGCCUCUGCACGGCCUGGCCGCGACCGAAUGGGGCGGACGGCUUCGUGCAGUUCGACCCGCAGUGCGCGAGUCCCGGGGCGGCGGUGGAGACGCUGGGGUCUCGGAGGAGCCUCAGCCUCAGCAGCCUCCACCCGGUGCCCUGUCCCCCGCUCCGGCGCCUGGUCGUGUGGCCGGUGUUUCGCGAAGGGGCGGGCGCGCCGGCGACCCCGAGUCCGGCCGUGGCGCUGGAGGCCGCGCAGGAGCUGCUGAGGAACCGGCCUGUCGCCCGGGGACACGUUCUGGCCGCUCCUCCCGGCGCCCCAGGCCCCGUGGCGGCCCUGCACAUCGUCGGCGGGACGCCCGAUCCGCAUCUGGCCGGGCUGGUCACCCCUAAAACUUGCAUCGUCCUCAGCCGGGAUCCUCCGUCGCAAGCUGAGCGCCCACCCGAGGUGUCCCUGGGCGGCCUUUCCGAGGUGGCCGACUCGCUGCGUGAGCUGCUCUGCCUUCCACUGCGCUACCCCCGCGCCCUGGCAGCGCUGGGUCUAGCGGUACCCCGUGGGGUGCUCCUGGUGGGACCCGCCGGAGUGGGAAAGACCCAGCUGGUGGGAUCGGUGGCCCGGGAGGUGGGUGCCCAGAUGCUGGCAGUGAGCGCCCCCGCGCUGCAGGGCUCCCGGCCUGGGGAGACCGAGGAGAACGUGCGGCGGGUCUUCCAGCGUGCUCAGAAGCUGGCCAGCCGCGGGCCCAGCCUCCUCUUCCUGGACGAGGUGGACGCCUUGUGUCCUCGGCGAGGAGGCCCUCACCAAGCCCCCGAGAGCCGCGUGGUGGCCCAAGUGCUGACCCUGUUGGACGGCAUCAGCGGGGACCGCGAGGUGGUCGUUGUGGGAGCCACCAACAGGCCAGACGCGUUAGACCCUGCGCUGCGCAGGCCCGGGAGAUUCGACCUAGAGGUUGUCAUUGGGACUCCUACGCUUAAACAAAGAAAGGACAUUCUGCAAGUGAUCAUCUCAAAGAUGGCUGUCUCCAGUCACAUAGAUUUGGGUCUCCUAGCAGAAAUGACUGUGGGCUAUGUUGGGGCUGACUUGCGGGCACUCUGUAGUGAGGCAGCCAUGCAUGCGCUCUUUCAUAGCGAGAAGAACCAAGACCAUCUUAUGAUUGAUGAAGCAGAUUUUCUUGAAGCUUUUAAAAUGAUUCAGCCUUCUUCAUAUCGAAGUGUCAUUGGACUAACAGACAUAAAGCCUGUUAGCUGGGAGCAGAUUGGUGGCCUUGAAGAUGUGAAAUUGAAGUUAAAACAGAGUGUCGAGUGGCCGCUGAAAUUCCCUCAGGAAUUUGUUAGGAUGGGCCUGACACCGCCAAAGGGCAUUCUCCUCUAUGGUCCUCCUGGAUGUGCUAAAACCACCUUGGUGAGGGCCUUGGCCACAAGCUGCCAUUGCUCUUUUGUUUCCGUGAGUGGAGCUGAUCUCUUUUCACCCUUUGUUGGAGAAUCAGAAAGAGUUUUGUCUCAGGUGUUUCGACAAGCAAGAGCAAAUACUCCAGCCAUUGUGUUUUUGGAUGAGAUUGACUCCAUUUUGGGGUCUCGCUCAGUCAGCAAUUCAGAAUGUGAUGUUCAAGAUCGAGUGCUUUCUGUUCUUCUGAAUGAAUUAGAUGGAGUGGGAAUUAAGACAAUAGAGAGAAGAGGAAGUAAAUCAAAUCAGCAGGAUUUUCAAGAAGUUUUUAAUUGUAAUGUCAUGAUUGUUGCGGCAACAAAUCGGCCUGAUGUGUUAGAUGAUGCCUUAUUAAGACCUGGAAGAUUAGAUAAGAUCAUCUAUAUUCCCCCUCCAGACCAAAAGAGUAGGCUUUCUAUCUUAAAAAUCUGUACAAAAGCCAUGCCACUCGGGCCUGAUAUUUCCUUAGAAAACCUGGCAGCAGAGACCUGUUUCUUCUCGGGAGCUGAUCUUAGAAACCUCUGCAGAGAAGCAGCCUUGCUGGCUCUGCAAGAAAAUGGACUGGAAGCAACCACAGUGAAGCAAGAACACUUUCUAAAGUCGUUCAAGUCUGUCAAACCGUCCUUGAGUCAGGAGGACUUGACUUUAUAUGAAAACUUAUUUAAGAAAGAAGGAUUUUCUAACUUGGAUGAUAGUUAAAAUUAUAUCUUAUUUGCUUCUUCAAAUUUAACAUGUAAACUUCUAUCAUUUGCAACUUUUAGAGUUCAUAUGUAAACUUUCUGUAAAUAAAAAAAGGAAAGAAACCUCUA